UGCACGAUGAUGAGGAUGCUGCUGUCAACAGGAUUGCGCUGGGGCUGUGCACCUUCACCCUGGCCGUGGCGCUGGGCGCCGUCCUCCUGCUGCCCUUCUCCAUCAUCAGCAACGAGGUGCUGCUCUCCUUCCCCCAGAACUACUACAUCCAGUGGCUGAACGGGUCCCUCGUCCACGGCCUCUGGAACUUGGUCUUCCUCUUCUCCAAUCUGUCCCUCGUCUUCCUCAUGCCCUUCGCCUACUUCUUCACCGAGUCGGAGGGCUUUGCGGGAUCCAAGAAGGGCAUCAUGGCCAGGGUGUACGAGACGUCGGUGGUGCUGCUGCUGCUGACCCCCGGCCGCCAGUCGCUCUACGACCUCUGGGAAUACUACCUGCCCUACCUCUACUCCUGCAUCUCGCUCUUUGGCGUGCUGCUCCUGCUGCUGUGCACCCCCUUCGGCCUCUCCAUCAUGUUCACCGUCACCGGGAAGCUGCUGGUGAAACCCCGGCUCCUGGAAGACCUGGACGAGCAGUUGAGCUGCACGAGGCUCGAGGAAGCUGCCGUGUCCCGCAGGAUCUCC